CUAUCUUCCCUCCAUUCCUUCUGUUCAUGAUGCGAACAUCCUUUGCUCAUGGCCUCCUGGCCUCCAGCUGGGCCUCAAUUGCUCUGGCACAUGGUGCUCAUACUACCCAAGAUCAUGGCAAGGAAUACGAUUACAUCGUGGUUGGUGGUGGUCCAUCCGGUAUCAUCACUGCCGAAAGGCUGGCUGAAGCCAAGAAGUCCGUCCUGUUGCUUGAGCGAGGUACCGGCCCUACAGUGGCCACGGGGUCCAACGACACACUUUCAUGGAAUAACACCCUGACCGAGAUUGAUCUUCCCGGCUUGUCGUUUGAUAUUGGCAACCUGGAUGUAUGGAACGACUAUAUGUGCACCGACACGGGGGGCACGGCAGCCUGUGUGCUCGGUGGCGGAGUGACCGUUAACUACAUGGUGUUUGUACACCCGCCAGCGCACGAUUUCGACGACAGGUGGCCCAAGGGCUGGAAAUGGCGCGAUGUCGAGUCCGCCGCGGACCGCCUGUACAGCCGGAACCCCGGCAGCCUGUUGCCCUCUGCUGAUGGAAAGCGCUACGACCAGGGCGUGUAUACUCUCCUGUCCGGGUUCUUCUCGAAACUCGGCUGGUCAUCGGUUGACAUGAGUGCGCAACCCAACGAGAAGCAUCAGGUCUACAGCCACCCAGCGUGGAACAUCAAGGAUCAGAAACGUGCUGGUCCCAUCCGCACUUAUCUUCCACUGGCAGAGGCGCACGACAAUUUCUCGAUUCGCUUGGGAACCAAGGUGACCCGACUUGUGCGUGACGGCCGUCGGGUGGUGGGCGUCGAAGCCCAGACUGGCGGAGGUCAAACCGAGAGGAUCCGUCUUGCGCCAAAGGGCCGUGUGAUCCUGGCCGCCGGUGCUCUCUCCACUCCCCGCAUCCUCUUCAACUCUGGAAUUGGCCCAGCAUCUCAGAUUGAAACGGCGAACAAGAGCGGCAUUGCCGUUCCGCCCAGACACGAGUGGAUUAACCUCCCCGUCGGUGUGGGCGUGAAGGACCACCCCAUCUUCUCCAUCAUCGUGAAAACCAACGGUACUUUUGCUCCCUUAGACGGACCAGCGAUCUUGAACGGCAGCGCGGGGGAUGAAAUCCAGGCUUACGAGGACGAGAGCUCGGGAGUCUUGACUCAGGGCAAGCACCGGAUGAUCUUCUUCACAUCCAACGUGGCCAGCGACAACCAAACCCGAUACUAUCAGGGAUCGUGUGCCCCUACCGCGGACGGCGUCGUCACAAUCACCAGUUACAUGACCCACGGUCUCACCUCCAGUGGAGUUCUGGGCCUCGAUGCGAACCAGAACACCGUUAUGGAGCAAUCGCCUUACCUGCAGACCGCGGGAGACCAGGAAGCCGCAGAGAUGUUCAUCAACCAGAUGAUCAGUGAUAUCACCGCCCCUGGCACUGGGCUUGAACUUCACACGUAUACCAACACCUCUGCUAUCAUCGGCUCCUUAACCGGCGGUGUGCACUAUACGUCUACUACGAAGAUGGGGCUUGACGACGGCCGGUUCAACGGUACCGCAGUGGUUGAUACUGAUGCUAAAGUUUACGGCAUGGAUAACCUGUUUAUUGUUGAUGGUGGUAUCCACCCGGAUCUCCCUACUGGCAACAUUCAGGCUACAGUCAUGGUUGUUGCCGAAGCUGCUGUCCACAGGAUCCUGGCUACGAAAUAGACCUGUUUGAGCUAACAAC